AUGUGCACUAGCCUUCAGGAAAAAGCUCACUCAUGCUUCCACUGCGAGCAAAGAUUUCUCAUUCGGGAUUGCAACGACCCAGAGCCCCUUAUUCACUUCGAUGGCCCAAAGAGUGAUCAGUAUUGGAGAUUGUGGCCUCCAGACCAAGAGCCGAUCACCCUGUCAGAGCUCAAGCAAAUGGCUAAUCUAGGAUGUGCUUUUGCAGAGUACCUUUUUUUGAAGUUCACUUCUCGUAAAGAAGUAGUCUCUGACAAUGCCAUUGUCAAUAGGGUUCCUCCAGCUAUGGGAGACACUGAGCCCAACUCCAUCGUUGUUACACUUUCAGGAGAGAACCAUCACGAAACGAAUUCAUACUUUACAUACAUGACAGAACAAGGAAGUAGUACAGCUGAUGAAGUCUCUCAAAGACCUCCGAACUUGUUACCCGCAUCACCACACGCUUUUAGUCUGGCAAGAAAAUGGGCUCAUGAGUGUCUCCAAAAUCAUAUAUCUUGCGCAAGUCCAUCUGUGGGUUUCAUGCCAACAAGGAUCAUCAAGAUACUCGACUCGGGAAAAAGGAUUGAGAUUAUCGAGAGGAAUUCCUCGGCUGCCUACGCAGUCUUAUCGUACUGCUGGGGCGGCCCGCAACGAAUCACCCUCAGCAAGGCUCGAGUGAAGAAUGGCCAACUUUCCUUCGAUACAAGCACUUUACCACAGACGUUGCAGGAUGCAGUUCGUGUUUGCGGCGAGCUUGGCCUCAGCUUUCUAUGGGUUGAUGCUCUAUGCAUUAUACAGGACGCUCCAGAGGAUAAAGCUACAGAAAUUGGACAGAUGGCAAAGAUUUACGAAAACUCGUAUGUCGCAAUCAUGGCUAGCAGAGCAAAGAGUGUUGAGGAAGGAUUCCUGCACCCACGGUCACAUUUCGGAGCAGACAGGCGCUCUCCUGGCUUUCGUCUUCAAUACGAAACUAAGAACGGCCGAAAAGGAUCUGUCAUAUUGGUGGAGGAGUCUUCUUCUCAAACUUACGCUGAUCCUCUGAGUCUUCGCGCAUGGGCAUACCAAGAGUUCAUUCUUUCUCCAAGAAUUCUUGACUACGGGGAGCUGAGAACAACAUGGAUCUGCUGGGCAGAACUUAGUCCAACAGAUGGAUUUCUGUCCACACCAACUUCGUACUGGAGCCGACAGAGGUUUCAGGAAAUAAUAUCUCCCUCUAUUGAGGCUAAUUCCGUUCCGCCUCGUCAACUGUGGAGCACUCUGGUUCUAUGCUAUAUGCGCAGCUCAAUAACCGAUCCUUAUGACCGCCUUCCCGCGCUUGCAGGUAUUGCGGAACGUCUGAAUACUAUCAUUAAAGACGAAUACAUUGCAGGUUGCUGGAGAAGUAACAUCUGGCUUGAUCUUCUGUGGUGGCAUGAGGACGGUACAUCCCAAAUCGAGAGUUCUACCAUCAUCCAACAAAUAUUACCGUAA